GUUGAGGUUCGACUUCGCUACGUUACGCCACACGAUUGCAAAUUCUCCGAGAGUCACGUGACUCCGUGCCCGUGCAACAGUGAACGAUUCUCGAUGAACUUGUUUCUCGAGUGAUUCUCUGCUUCACGAGCCAUUUUUUUCGGACCGUUCAUUCGUUUAUAAUCGUAUGACAGUCGCGCGAUCUUGAUCGCGCUGGUCUCUUCGUCUAUCUUUGUCGCCGACGGCGAUCCCCACCGGGGCCACGUUCACAGCAGCGAUGUUUUUUUUUACCGUCAGUGUUUAUUAUUUAUUGUUGGAAUUGGCACAAUGUACGACCCUGCCACCGAGGAUGCUGCAAGAUUUGACCUUGCGGACGAAUAUCUCGAUGGAGAAAUAUUACAAGACCGAAGAGACGAUACGGAAGUCUCAAACUCACUUGAGCCAAGAUUCGCCGUCGUGGUAUUUGGGCGCGUCUCACGAGAUGAACGAGGGCGCGAAGAAUCUAUCGCGACGUGCCCUGCAAAGCGAAACAAUGGCGAUGAUAAUCGUGGAAGCUUUGAACAUGUCGUCGAAAGACGUUGUCUGGCUUCUACCCUCGGUCGGGACCUUCGUCUGUUCCGGAGACACGGCGAUCGCAUACGCGAGGAACAGCGCCGAGUGCAAACGCGAAACUCAGCGGUAUAGAACUCACUCUGGAAAAUGCAACAAUUAUCUCCACCCAACGUGGGGCGGAGCUCUCGAAGCCUACGCCAGAUUCUUACCGCCCGAAUAUCAGGACGGCGUUUCCCUGCCCCGAACAAAGCUCCCGAGCGCCCGUGACGUUUCGACCAAAAUUCACGCCGGCGGCCCCGAUUUCAAACACCCUCAUCUCAUGGCCCUCACCCCACUCUUCGGACAAUUCCUUGCCAACGAUUUCGCGCAUACUCCCAGGAUGGAACUCACCGGCGGUAUCAGACUCAAGUGCUGCGACGUCGAUUAUGAAAAUUUUCAUCCCGAAUGCUUCCCUAUCAGAGCUGAAAAUCGCGUCGGGUGCAUGGAGUACGCGAGAUCCGCGCCACAUCCGGGCAACAGCCUUCAGGGAUGUUUAGGUCCAAGACAGCAAAUAAAUCAAGCGUCUUCGUACCUCGAUUUAUCGACGAUAUACGGAAACUCGGAGGAAACUGCUCGAGCACUGCGUUUAGGAAGCGGAGGUCGUUUGAACACUCAGCAAAAAAACCUGCCGAUGCCAGCGACCGAUAGCGGAAGCUGUCGAUCCGAGAGCAAAUCUCUUCCGUGCUUCUUCAGCGGUGAUCCCCGAAUCAAUGAGAAUCCCGGCCUCGCUCUUAUGCACGUGCUCUUUCUCCGGGAACACAACAGAGUCGCCGAUCAACUCGCUUUGCUCAAUCCAACGUGGGAGGACGAGAAACUUUAUCAGGAAGCGCGACGCGUCGUCAUUGCUGAAAUGCAACACAUUACUUACAACGAAUUCCUCCCGGUUAUUCUCGGCGAAGGGAAUCUCGAUAGGUUCGAUCUCCGCUUGACGAGCCAGGGCUACUUCCGAGGUUACGAUUCGAAAAUCGACGCGACGAUAUCGAACGCAGCAGGCUCGGCAGGUUUAUUUUUCGUUGCUGCACUCACCCCGAAGACUCUCGACCUCGUUGACCCUCGGUCAGAGGUCAAGUCCGGAGAGAGAUCCCUUCUCUCAGCAUUUUAUGCUCCCCAGGAGCUUUACGAGGCUGGAGCCAUCGAUCGACUGAUCGCCGGCGCCACAGCUGGACACUCGAGAAAACCAUUGCCGCCAGGACUGAAUGAAAUAUUGCUAGAAAGAUACUUCCACGAUGGGAAAACUCGCGACAUAGCGGUCGAUUACGCGGCUCAAGCGAUUCAGCAAGGAAGAGACCACGGUCUCGCGCCUUACGUGAGGUGGAGAGCUUUCUGUGAGCUUCCGGAAGUCACCGGUUUCCGGGAUCUCGAGGGCAGCAUGACUAAGGAAACUAUCGAGAGGCUACAAAAAGUUUACAAGAAUGUCGAGGACAUCGAUCUCGUGAGCGGCGCUCUCUCGGAAAUACCGGCCGAAGGAUCGGUCGUGGGUGCAACCUUCCUGUGCCUUUUGGGACGAACCUUCAGAAAUGCGAGGCUCGGCGACAGAUACUGGUACGAGAAUGCUAAUUCCCCGGGGUCUUUCACGGCUGAGCAAUUGGAGGAAAUUCGAAAGAGCACGAUGGCCAAAGUACUGUGUGACAACGGUGACAGCCUGAGAAGUAUGCAGCCGAGAGCGUUUAUUCUGAAGGAUCCUUUCCUAAACGAAUUGAGCGAGUGUGCGACGUACUUGAACGGGGCAAUGGAUCUGACACUGUGGAAGGAAAGGACAAACGGAUCCCAAGUAAAUAGUUUCGGUUGAAGUCUGAGCUGCGUGAUUCUUUCUUUUUCCCUGCCCAUUUUUAUCUCGACUCGUCGUUCGUUAUUCUUCGUCGUUUAUAGUGUCGUCAUGUGUCUGCUGGUGCUCGUCAAGAGCAUUAACGUCAGUCAAGGUCCGCGCGCGUCACCAAGAUUAUCGGCAUUUGUUAACAUUUUUUUUUUCUAGGAUAUUUCCAAUGUACAUACAUCGACUUAAGAAUCAUUGUAAACGCUUGAGAGAGACAGUGCGAUUUUUAGUUUAAUAAACAAAUGCCUAAGUCCUC